UUUGUAUAGUUAGUCUACAGACCGACACUGUUUUACUGACAGUUUACAUCUAAAAUGGAUCACCUGCUUCAGGUGAAAAUCGGCGUUUUGAUCGGUUUGCUGCUCCUCACUCUUCUGUUCGGGUUGAUCCCUGCUCGGCUCAAGUGGUUCCAAGAUAUCGGGACAGAGUCCCAUCGCCAAGUGUUGAGUCUGAUCAGCUGCUUCGCUGGCGGGGUUUUUCUGUCAGCAUGUUUGCUCGACAUCAUUCCAGAUUAUCUGUCGGACAUCAGCACGGAACUCAGUUCUCAGAAAGUGGAGUCCAGCUUUCCUCUGCCCGAGUUCAUCAUGGCUGCUGGCUUCUUUAUGGUCCUCAUACUGGAGAAGAUUGUCCUGAACUGUCGGGAAAUCAGAGGCUCUCGUGAAGAGAGAGCGCCCCUUCUGACCGAAGCUCGAAACGGGCAUGUGCCGCACAGUCACGGUGCAGUAAGGGACGCCGAUCUGGAGAGCAGCGGGCACCACGUCCACGUGGACUUCCAGGCCCACUCGCCGUUUCGUUCCUUCAUGCUCUUCCUCUCGCUCUCACUCCACUCGAUUUUUGAGGGCCUUGCUAUCGGCCUGCAGAGCACCGACUCCAAGGUGUUGGAAAUCUGCGCUGCUAUCCUCGUCCACAAGAGCAUCAUCGUGUUCAGCCUGUCACUGAAGCUGGUCCAGAGCGCCGUGCCCCCGGUGUGGAUCGCUGCGUACCUCGUGAUAUUCGCCAUGAUGUCACCGAUAGGCAUCGCCAUUGGCAUCUGUGUGAUGGAGGCCCAGCUUUCAUCUGGAGCUCUAAUUCAGGCCGUCCUGGAGGGGCUCUCUGCAGGAACCUUUAUCUACAUCACCUUCAUGGAGAUCCUCCCGCACGAGCUCAACGCUGCUGGGAACCAGCUCCUCAAGGUGCUCUUCAUCCUGGUGGGCUUCAGCAUCAUGGCGGGACUCAUGUUUUUUCUGGGCUGA